GCACCCAUCGCGUGGACCUGGAUUGAGUGCUCGUCCGGUAACAUUUCAUCGGCGAGAUGGUUCUGUCUGAGAAGUCAAGAUACCUGCCCGAUGAAGUUUCAGACAAUGCUGAGCAGAAUUCGCCGGCGAAGUUGACCUCUGGGCCUCAGACCCCUCGAUUGAGCGCCGAACAGUCACUCGAUCAGGAUUCCAUUCGCGAUCUGGACAUCGAACGAAAUGCAUCGCUGGAUGGCGAUGCCGCAGCAACAGCCCGUGACGAAUUCGAAGUAUGGUGGGAGGAGCCCGCAGAUCAAGAUCCGGAGAAUCCUUUGAAUUGGACCAAUACACGGAAGAUCAUCACCAUCAUCACUAUUUCUUUCGUCACCUUUCUGACUCCACUCGCAUCAUCGAUGUUCGCACCUGGCGUUCCAAAUGUCCUGGACGAGUUCAAUACGGAUUCCGAAGCCAUUGCUACAUUCGUUGUGUCGAUCUUCGUGUUGGGGUUUGCUUUCGGUCCUCUGAUCGUUGCGCCUUGUAGCGAAUUGUAUGGCCGCAAUGUCGUCUACCAUGUUUGCAACAUAUUUUUCGUCGUUUUCACGAUCUGCAAUGCUGUCUCGACGAACAUUGGAAUGCUGUUGGCUUUUCGAUUUCUUGCUGGAUUCGCUGGCGUUGGUGCUGUUACCAUUGGAAGCGGUACCAUUUCCGAUAUGAUCCCCGCAAAGCGCAGAGGGUUGGCGAUGUCUUGCUGGUCUCUCGGACCUCUUUUUGGGCCGGUCAUCGGUCCGAUUGCAGGUGGCUACCUUACAGAAUCUGCGGGAUGGCGAUGGGUAUUCUGGGUGAUAACGAUCGCGGCUGGAAUUUCGACUGUCGCCUGUUUCUUUAUCCUCAAAGAAACAUACGCCGAUACCAUCUUGACCAAGAAGGCGGAGAGGCUUCGAAAGAAGACCGGAAAUCCAGCGUGGCAUCCACGGCUGACCUCGAAAACUGCUGGGAAGCAGCUCAUAAAAGAGUCCUUUGCACGCCCGAUGCAGAUUCUGCUCUUCUCGCCGGUCGCAUCCUUGAUGUGCUUCUACAUUGCCACACUGUACGGGCUGCUGUACAUCCUCUUCACGACCUUCACCUUUGUGUUCGUGGAUCAGUACGACUUCUCUACGGGCAGUGCUGGGUUGUCUUAUCUGGGCAGUGGAGUCGGGACUGUGGCUGGCCUGUUCGUAUCUGCAUCUUUCAGCGACUUCAAAGUUCGUCGCAAACUCGCAAUGAAUCAAGAGCCGCAACCAGAGGACCGCUUGCCGUGGUUCAUGGUCCUUCCAGGAAGUCUUUCCAUCCCCGUGGGCUUCCUCAUCUAUGGCUGGGGAGCUCAUUAUCGGGUACACUGGAUUGUCCCGCAGAUUGGGACUGCGGUGAUUGGGUUCAGCGUCAUCAUCAUCUUGAUGUGCAUCCAGACGUAUCUGGUGGAUACUUACAAUCAUCAUGCUGCCAGUGCGAUUGCUGCGAGCACUAUUCUACGAAACCUGCUCGGUGCGCUCCUGCCACUGAGUGGGCUGAGCAUUUACGACGGGUUGGGCUUGGGUUGGGGUAACACCCUUUUCGGGUUGCUUGCGUUGUGCGCUGCGCCCAUUCCUAUGUUAUUUGGGAUGUUUGGCGAACGGCUUCGGAACAGAGCUAUGGUGACUAGGUAGAUAGAGACCAUCACGGG